UUCCAGACCAAACCUGCACCAAAAGCGGAAGAGUGUUUUCUUUUUAUUAUUAUUAUUCAGCUUCAAGGGCAGUACAGUCAGUUAACUUCCACUCUUCAACAUUUGAAAUUCUCCAGAAGACAAGGCACGUUUUAGGAAAGAACUUCAAAUAAAUUCCAAUCCAUCAAGAUUGUCAGCAUUUCUGAUACAUAGCUGCUCUGAAGAUUCUGCUAAAGUAGCUUUUGACCACAGUGGGGAUCUUUCUGAAAUUUUCUGCUGACAGAUUUUUGUGACUCCUGAGCCAGCAUAAGGAAAUAGCAAACUGCAAGUACCAGUUGUUCAGUACUAACCUUUAACUCUAUUUUCUAGAAAGUAAAAAGCUUUGGAAUUCACAGAACAGUAGGAAUUAAUGCAACUGUGCCACAUGCUUUUCAGUCGAUUAGUUUGCAGAUUUGCCUUGACUAAAAAAAGGCCUUUUGUGUAAAAAAGUAAGUUGUGUUGCUGCUGAGAAAACGUGGCAUGCAAAAUGAGUGAAAUCUUCCUAUUUCUUCAGUACUAAAGUUUUAAAUGUUGGCAGGAAUUUGCAUUUCAUACCACUAUGUUGUAGGAAAAACUGUGUGAUUCGGAGAAGCAGCUUCCCUCCAUAAUGAUUCAAUUUACUUACUGAAUACAAAAAACAUUUCUUGGAAGUAAUUAUAUAGAAAUAAAUAGUUCUUGUUCCAAGAAUAUAUGUGUGUUUUGAUUUGCCCAACAUGGAAAAAAAUUGUGAUUUUAGUAAGCUGUCUAAUCCAGGGAAAGAGAAGGAGACUGAAGCAAGCCAUGCUUUCUUAACUAAAUUUUCUAUGAAAGCACUGUUUGGAUUUACAGAUAAAUUAGAACCAGGAGCUUCAAAACAACAAGUGGUUUUAAAAGGGCUUCCAAAUAUCAAUGGGGAUAUUGAUAGCCAUGUGGACAAAGAAGAUGAGAAGAACAGAGUAAAUGAAGAAGCUGAUCUAAAUACAGCUGAUCUGCUUCCAGAAACAAUGCACGAGGAAAGUAAUGUUCAAGCUGUUCCAGGAGCUGACACAAGAGACAUUUUUGUUUUGGGGACAGUCUCAGGAAUGGAUGACCCGGCUUCAAAUGACCCUGAAGAAACCAUUACUGGUGCUUCAAAUGUGUGUAGAAUUUAUGCUGGAAACUUUGUUGACUCUGAAGAUAAUGACAGUAUAGAUAAUACCUCUAUAGACUUUGCUUUUGUCUCAGAUGAUCAUCAGGCUGAUGUUUAUGGCACAAGAGACUUGGAAACACAGCAAAGGGAGCAGAAGGAGCCGUCCCUCUCCAAUUCCUAUUCUAGCCACUCUCCUUUGUGUGAAUUCAGCAAACAAGAUUAUAAGGAUUCCAUUCUUGUUCAGGGUACUUUGGCUCAUACAACAAGUGACACAGAAUUAGACAAUGAGGCUACAGAUCUAGAUGUGGAUGGAAAUGUAACAAACUAUCCUGUGUUAAAUUGUGCUGUAUCAUUGGAGGAUAAUGAUCAAAAUGAAGAUACAGAACUAUAUACAGAAAUUGGUAGUACUAUACCAGGGAAUAACACAGAAUCAAUUCUACCGAGUUCUAAAUGGCCUUCAAAAGAAAUGGGGGAUACAAUACCAGAAAUGUAUUCAAAUUCAAAGGUUGGAACACCAGUCAAGGAAAAUAUUAGUUCAAUUGUUACAGCAAAGGAUAUUCAGGAAGCUGAAGAAGAGCAGAAAUCUCUUUCAAGUGACUGCAGCACUGAUUCUCCUACAAAACCAGCUUCAAGUGAAAAAUCCUUUCAGCUCCCAGCCUUCUUUAGUGGAUUACGUGUUCGAAAGAAAGGGUUGUCUGCAGAUUUGGAGGAAACUGUCACCGAAAUCAAACAGAAAGACAGUGAUCUAGCUAUGCUCAAACUAAGACAGCCUGUUAAGAAAUCGAAUCUUGCACCUGAGCCGAUAACCAAGAAGAAAAUAUCAGAGCCAAAAGGUUCUCCUACGUUUCUAGAACAGCUUUCUCAGUUGUUAGGGCCUAAAGCUGAGGAGAAAGGUAUUGAUGAAGUAGUGCAAGCAUCUACAGAAGUCCAAGAAAGGAAAUCUAAUGAGAAAAUGGAUCCAUGUGAAGAAAUGAAACCAAGUCCUGCAGAAUCUGCACUGGAUGCAUUUAAAGCUUUAUUUACACGUCCUCCCAAAAAAGAAACAACUGCUGACAUUUCAGAAUUAGAAGCAAUAAAACGCAAAAUGAAACAUGAAAAGGAAUCUUUGAUGGCAAUAUUUGAGAGGUCUAAAGCAAAAUCCGGUGACGCAGCCACAGAAACAAAACCAGCUGUUGUAAUUCCUUCAGAACAGGAUGACAAGACUCCAGGAAGACUCCAGACUGUCUGGCCCCCACUCAGAGCAAAGGAUGAAGAAGAGAAAAUAGGCUUAAAAUAUACAGAAGCAGAGUACCAUGCUGUGAUUUUGCAGUUAAAAAGGGAACAUAAGGAUGAAAUUGAGAAACUAAAAUCUGAGUUUGAACUCAAAGUCUUUCAUAUUCGAGGAGAACACGCUCUAUCAAUAACAAAGCUUGAGGAACACAUUUUAUAUUUAAAAAAUGAACUGGAAAAUAAGUUAUACAAGCAAGAUGAAGAAGCAAAGGAUGCUUGUAUAUCCACUGAAGAUGACAACCUACCAAAGACAUACAGAAAUGUAUGUAUCCAGACAGAUAGAGAAACUUUUAUAAAGCCAAAUGAAGAUGAAACACGGACACCAAAAAAUAAUCAAAAAAUUCCAAAGAAACUUUCCAAACCCUAUGUGAAUAACAGUGCUUUAGCUUCAGCUGAUCAUAAGGAAAUAUGCAGUUCCAGCCAAACCUCAGGGAAUGUUUUUUCGAAGUUGGACCAAAUAGUGCCGCCGCCACCUCCUCCACCACCUCCUCUUCCUCUCUCACUAACUGAUUCAAUCCUACCACAACCACCAUUGUUGCCCACAAGUCUGAGAUCUGCCCAUCCGCCGCUGCCGCCACCACCGCCACCACUUCCUUCAGCUUUUGGUGUUCAUCAGCCAUCUCUACCUCCCCCACCAGGGUCACCUCCAACAGGAACGGGACCUCCGCCACCGCCGCCACUGCCGCCACCACUGCCACUUGGCUCUAUUUUUUCUUCAAUGAGUCAAGGUCCUCGAAAACCUACAGUUGAACCUUCUUGUCCCAUGAGGCCACUCUACUGGAACAGAAUCCAAAUAUCACAUAGCAGUCAACAGUCAAUGCCAACUCUUUGGGACUCAUUAGAAGAACCCAAUCUUUGUGAUACAAAUGAAUUUGAAUACUUAUUCUCAAAAGAAACAGCUCGGGAAAAGAAAAAAGCAUUAGCUGACUCUUAUGAAAAGAAAACCAAAUCCAAAAAGAUUAUCAAGUUAUUGGAUGGGAAGAGAUCUCAAACUGUAGGAAUUCUGAUAUCUAGUUUACAUCUGGAGAUGAAGGACAUAGAACAUGCUGUACUAAAUAUGGAUGAUUCAGUAGUUGACCUAGAAACAUUGGAAGCACUAUAUGAAAAUAGAGCACAGAAGGAUGAACUGGAAAAGAUAAAGCAGCAUUAUGACACUUCAACAGAAGAAGAAGUUAAGCUUCUGGACAAACCUGAACAAUUUUUAUAUGAGUUAUCUCAGAUCUCCAACUUUGCUGAACGUGCCCAAUGUAUAAUCUUUCAAUCUGUCUUCAAUGAAGGGAUAAUUGCAGUUCAUCAUAAAGUUGACAUUAUUCAUCAUGUUUGUAAGGAGUUGAUUACAAUGAAAAGUGUGAAAAAUAUUUUAGCUUUGAUUCUGGCUUUUGGAAAUUAUAUGAAUGGAGGAAACCGAACACGUGGUCAAGCAGAUGGAUUUGGCUUAGAAAUACUUCCCAAACUAAAAGAUGUUAAAAGUAGAGAAACAGGAAUCAGCCUUGCAGAUUAUGUUGUUAUUUAUUACCUACGACAUUGUGAUAAGGAAGCAGGAACAGAAAAUAGUGUAUUUCCAUUGCCAGAGCCUCAGGAUUUCUUCCAAGCAUCACAAGUAAAAUUUGAAGACCUUGUAAAAGAUUUAAGAAAACUAAAGAGAGAUCUAGAAGAUUGUGGAAAACAAAUGAAAGUUGUUUUCAGAGAAUCAUCUGAAGAACACCUUCAGCCCUUUAAGGAUAAGUUUGAAGAUUUUUUCUGUGAAGCUGUAGAAGAACAUAAAGAAGAGAAAAGUCACCUGGACAAUGCACAAAAAUGUUUUGAAGAAAUGGUGAAGUACUAUGGAAUAAAGCCAAAAUCUGGUGAAAAGGAGACCACACUCAAUUAUGUUUUCAUGGUUUGGUAUGAAUUCUGCAGUGAGUUUAAGGCUAUUUGGAAACGGGAGAACAAAAACAUUUCCGAAGAACGACUCCGAAUGGCUCAGCAAUCAGUGAGCAAGUUAACUUCAGAAAAGAAAGUGGAAACUAGAAAAAUCAAUCCAACUGCCAGUCUGAAAGAAAGACUCCGUCAGAAAGAAGCCGGGGUAACUCCCAACUGAAAGAAGACCUCCCAAAACAAAAAACGACAACAGUGUGACCUUGAUGAUGCUACGCGUUGCCCCUUCCCUUCGGGAGCACCUUAUUUUAGAUAAAGUUCUGUGUUGCUUUUUUCUUCUGACAAUCCACCAAAGACUUUUCAAUCCCUUGGUUUAUACAAGCAAGGGAAUGCUAAGUAGUUUGUUUACAUGGGAAUUAGGAAGGGUUCCCCAGUAACUGUUUCUUAUGUGGUUGAAACUGAAUGGUUUUCUUAAAAGCAAAGAAUGUCUCUAUGCAAAGUGCACUAGUAUGGAACAGCAAAUCUGGAUUUUAGGCAGGGAAAUAAAUAGCUUUAUAUCAUCUGCAACAGAUGUAUGGGAUGGCUAAUAUAAGUCUAUUGAAGAUUUGCUGAAUUGGUGUCUGCUUAAAAUUAUUUUUAUGGCAUUCAAAGGAUUAAGUUUAUCUUCUAUAUUUUAUUAUAAUUAUUUUUAUAAGAAGCUCAAUCUAUGCACAGGAAUAGAAAUACAUUUUUGCAUAUCUGGAGAGAAUUGAUAUCAAAAUGUAUGCUGCACUACAUUGACUAAUGUUUUGAGUUUUGUUCUUAUUUUUAUAGUAAAAUGAAGCAGUUGCAUAUCUAGCUGAGGUUCAGAUAGCAUACAUUAUUUAUAAUCAUUUAAUUUAAUGCUAUGUAAAAACUGUUUCCAUUAUUUGUAAUUAAUUUAAAACAAAGCCUAUAUUCUUUAACAGUUAACAUUUUGAUAUAACCAAUUUUUAGAUAUUUCUACAUAAAUCUGUGAGUACGCAUGUGUCUGGAAUAGACUGUGCAUACUUAUAUUCAAACACAUUUUAACUUACAUUGUGUGUGUGUGUGAGUGAGUGAGUGUGUCUGCCUAGUUUAAGAAAAAAGACAGCAUUGAUCUCCCAUGUUUCAUGGUGUAACAACUUGUAUGAAGGGCAGCUUAGAAUUAAAAUUUAAAUGAAUAAAUAAUAAAAUUAAAAUGCAAUUCAUGUCCUAUAUCAGAAGCUAAAGGAUUGCAAAGCAAACCACACGACAGAGAAAUAGAUUGCAAAAGACUGCUGGGUGCUGCAACCUCAUUAAAGUAAAGUUUUGCUGUGCAGCAAUGCCAGCAUUACUUUCACACCAGCGUGUGUUGUUAUCCAUUGCGAACAUUUGGGCUUAAACCCCAUAUUGGACAAAAAAUGAUGUUUAUUAAUUUAUUACUGCUGUCUUAUUUACAGACUAUCACUAAACAAGGUAGCCACUAAACAAGGAGGGGUUGUAAUAAUAAUUAGGUUAAAAAUAGCAUAAUGAUAAAAAGUAAUGACACAUAGGCCAAAGUUGUUGACUCAACAGCUGAAGAAAAUAUGGAAACAGAAGUUGGUAAUUUUUAUUUUAUGUAUUUAUUUAUUAAAUUUAUGUACCACACAUCUCACUGAUAAGGCGGCUCUGAGUGGCUAUAAUCAGGGUUCUAUGAUCUAAAAAUAGCAUGAAAAAUAUUUCCCUUUCUUGUCUCGAAGAAAGACGUGCCACUGAAUCUGAGUGGCGUGGUUUUCCAGCUCUUUUACUGCAGGAAGCUAAAGAAAGGUUGUUGGUAUGCAGGGUGGGCUGCUACCGGUUCUCCUGAACUGGGGAGAACCAGUAGUUAAUUUUAUCAUUUUUAAUGCCAGUUCAGCGAAACGGCAAAUCCCAUCCCUGACUGGCCUCUCCCACUCCUCCCCACCCCUCCCAGGAGUCUCCACACAGCCUGUUUUGGAUGCCAGGUAAGGGUCCACGUGGAGGCUUGCGGAGGGUGAGAAACAGCCCCUCCUGGAGGCUCGAGGAAAGCCUCCGGAUCCCAGGAAGGGCGAAACUGGCCCUCCCACUCUGGUGCAUGAAGCUGACUAGACCACACCUACCAUGGCCACGCCCACCCAGAAACCAGGCAGAGAACUGGUUGCUAAAAUUUUUGAAGCCCACCCCUGUUGGUAUGUCAUCCUCAUAGCCUCUGCCUGUUCUCUUUUUUCAGGGAUGCUUUGCAUGUUCAGAAGCACAAAGAAGCAUUUUUUUGUUCCUCAAAAAUGUCCCAUCUUUUAAAGAUAAAAGAAAAGUGCAUUUAGUCUUCAGUUAUGAUAAAGCCACAGAGGGUAUGAUGAAUGACAAAAAAAAAAUGUAAAAGAAAAAGACUGCAUGAUAAAUAAAGACUUGGGAAGUGAAUGCAUGGUUAUUCAAUAUGUCUUGUUAAAAAUAAUUAAUUAAGUGUAAAGGAAAAAAAUGGAAAUAUGCAAUAUGUAACUUCAUUUUUUAUCUUUGCACAAUUAAGGAAAAGCGCUCUAAAGUGUAUAUAUUAUGAUUGCUGUUGAAACAUGACAUUUGUAGAAUAUAUAGUUAAACAGUUCCCAAAAAGAACUAUUGUUGAUGUUAGUAGUGAACAGCAAAAUAUUAUUUUUCUCUUAGAUAGAAACAUGAUGUAUUUUUCCCUUCAUGAACGGAAACCAAUACAAUAAAUUGAGAAAAUUAAAAUGGGUUGUGUAAAAUGUAAUAAAGAUUUUUAGUUUUGUGAAAUUUCACUAAAGUAUCAAGUAGUUAUGCACAUAAUAUAAUAAAUUCCCCACUUCAUAAAUUAUUUGCCAUAUACAAUGUCAAAUCUUUUGCUUCUAAGAUUUGACAACUAUCCAUAAGUAAAUCAAAUACUUCUGAGUCCAUUGGUUUCAAAUUUUAGACUCAUAAUCCUAUUCAAAUUCUAAAAUUAGAAGUGUGUAACAGUUGCUUUGUUACAGGACCUCUACACACUCAAGCAAGAAAAAGCAAAAACAUGGUAAUUUAUGCUGAGACAGAGAGAGAAUGACACUUAGUGGUUAAUUAAAUUUUACCUAGUAUAAUUCAGUGUUGUUACUCUUUAUGGCAGCUCGCCAUUUUCAAUUAAAAAAUUAUGACAAAAAGUGUCAAUAUGAACUAUCUUU